AUGCGCGACGACGCGACGCCCGACGCGGUCGAGUUUCGCGGCGUCGACGAUCUCGGACGCGACGUCGGGACGCACGAAGCGUUCUGGGCCGAGGUGGCGAAAAAGCGCUCGCACGGCGCCGACGGGAGCAAACCGACGUUUUACGCGAAGGGGAUCGAGUACUGGGACGGCGUCGCGCCCGACGUCGACGGCGUGCUCGGUGGGUUCGCGCACGUGAGCGCGCCGGACGCUCGGGACAACGCGAAGCUGCUGGAGGACCUGCGGGGACGGGGACGAGGCGGCGCGAAGGCGAACGGGACGAAGACGACGGCGUUGGAUUGCGGCGCGGGCGUCGGACGGGUGACGAGCACGUUUUUGAUCGAAAAAUUUGAUGAAGUCGAUUUAGUGGAGCCGUGUCGACACUUUUUGGACGCAGCGGCGGCGGAUGCGUUGGUGCGAGGGGACGGACGCGCGGACGGGCAUCGCGCGAAGCGCUUCGUCGCGGAACCGUUGGAAAGUUUCGUUCCGGAGCGCGAGAGAUACGACGUGAUUUGGAUUCAGUGGUGCAUCGGGCACUUGACGGAUGAUGACUUCGUGGCGUUUUUGCGUCGUUGCAAGGAUGGUUUAAGGGAAAACGGCGUCAUAGUCAUGAAGGAGAACAACGCGGCGAGCGGAUUCAUUUUAGAUUUGGAAGACUCGUCCAUCACUCGUUCGCACGAGUAUUUGCUGCACAUCAUCAAUCGCACAGGCAUGCGCUGCCUCGAGCAUCGUUUGCAGACUGGGUUUCCACCCGAGUUGUUCGCGGUUCGCAUGUACGUCAUAGUCCCUUCGUCCUCGUUCCGUCGUGUUGGAAUACAAAAUUCUUCUCGCUAG